UAAGCUCCUCACUACUUGGUUAACAUUUUGAUGCUUUUAAGUAAAUAUUUUUUAUAUUUUAUACAGUUUUUUAGGUUUCCUUAGUGGGAGGGUUGGUCUAAAUUUCCUAGUCAUCAAUUAUAGGGAGUAAAAGUUACAAUUUAUAUAUUCAUCAGAGGAAAGAAAUUUUUUCAUAGUCUUCUAUCUCUACUUCAUGCUUACCAGUUUGUUAGUUCCUAUAAAGCACUUUACACAUGCCAAGGAUGUAAUAUAUUCUGUAGAACCAAAAUUACAAUGUAGGACUCAUCAAAUCCUUUAAAAGAACCCAAUCUGGUAUGAAAUAAAAUAGUUCAUAAAACAAUUUGACUACUUCUGGCCUUUGAAAUUCUGUAUGAUAAACUUGUGCCCCACCAACUCAUAAGAAUAUAAUGGAAGAUCCAGUGAUCCAUAUAUAACAUAUGCACAAAAUAUAUACUUAUUGAGGGCACUUGAUCUUCCCACUGAAUGAAAAUCUUUCCCCCUUACCUUGCCUCUUUCAGAUAUUUCCUCUAUCCUCACCUUCUCAAUGAAGCCUUCCCUAAACAUCUCAUUUGAAAUUGAGAACUCCCCCCAUUCCCACACUUCUUUUUUUUAAAUAUAAAUUUAUUUAUUUAUUUUUGGCUGUGUUGGGUCUUUGUUGCUGUGCGUGGGCUUUCUUUAGUUGUCGCAAAGGGGGCUACUCUUUCGUUGCAGUGGGUGGGCUUCUCAUUGUGGUGGUUUCUCUUGUUGCAGAGCACAGGCUCCAGGUGUGUGGGCUUCAGUAGUUGUGGCACGCAGGCUCAGUAGUUGUGGUGCACGGGCUUAGUUGCUCUGCGGCAUGUGGGAUCUUUCCAGACCAGGGCUCGUACCUGCGUCCCCUGCAAUGGCAGGCAGAUUCUUAACCACUGUGCCACCAGGGAAGUCCCUAUUCCUACACUUCUUAAUCUCUUCCUGUCCUGUUCUUCUCUCCAUCACCCUCCACCAUAUUACAUACUAUAUAUUAUAUAUCCUGGCUCUAUUUAUCACUGCCUCUACAAUCUUGAUAAAUCUGCUUAACCUCUCAAUUCUUUGAUUUUUAUAGAUGUAAAAUUGAACUAAGAAAAUUAUCUCACCAUUCUUCGUAUGGAUGUUUCACGGAUGAGUAUGGUGAUAGAUCAGAAAAUGAUUCUUAAAAAACUAUUUAAAAAAAUGAAAAUUCUAGAACUGAAAAUUGCAAUAUCCAAAAAAAAAAUUUACUGGUUGUGCUUAACAGUAAAUUAGAGAGAAAAGAAAAAAAAUCAGUGCACUUUAAAAAUAGUUCAAUAGAAACUAUCCAAUAUGAAGAACAGACAGAAGAGAGAUUAAAAAAAAAAUGAGCAGAUCCACAGGGACCUGUGGACAGUAUCAAAAGGUCUAAUAUAUGUGCAAUUGGAGUUUCUGAGGGAGAACAGAAAAAAAAUGGUACAGCAAAGAAUAUUAAAAAAAAAAAGAAUAGAUAAAAAAUGUACAAAUUUGGAGAACGAGAUGAAUUUAUGGACUUAGGAAGGAGGGCAGACUUCUCACAGGAUAGAUUUAAAAACACACACACACAUGCCCAGGCCUAUCGGAGUCAAACUGCUAAAAACCAAAGUUUAGGAGAAAAAUCUUGAAGAACCCAAAGGAUUUUGUUACAGACUCAUUCCACACCAAGUAAAAUACUGCAGCUAACGUUUAGUGGACUUGGAGUACUGAGAGGAAUAUUUCAGGGGAGGAGAAAUUGCUGCUUUUCUCUACAGCACAUCCUUUAUGUGAGAAGUUCAUUGACGAUGAGUGCCAGGUAGGAUGGAGGUUGGUGGCUGGAAAAGAGAUUAGCAGCCCUUCAUUUCGAUUUUGGUUGGGUAAGGUCUUCUGGAGGGAGCAGGAUGCUGCAGGCUCUCUGGAAGACAUAAAGAUUUUGACCCAAAUGACUCUAAAAUCAGGGAAAGAGAAGUGAGAUCCUCAUGGUAAACUUGUGAAUGGUCUGAACAGAAAGUCUAGAGCUUCUUGGAGCCAGGGGAAUUUUUGAAGUGGAGUUAGAGAAAAGAAAUUUGGGGGAAAUGGGAAAGACCCAGAAGAUUUUGAUUAUUUGACAGCAUUUGUUCCCUUAGCGUGAUUUUCUUCCUUUCUCUCACAAUUUAGUCUAACCCUUCUUGGGGCGGGUAGGUCUCAUGAGCAAGCGCUUUGAAAAUACGAAGGCAGAUUCCUUCCCUUCCCUUCCACAAAUAAAUCAUGCAGUUCUGGAAGUAGCUGUAGAGAAAUCAGUUUUCUGGGGCAGAAUUUUGGCCCUGUUUUGGCAAAUGUGGCCCCUUUAGUUCAUGAAGGAUGAUUUUAAUGACCGAAAACAAAUAAGACCCCCAAAUGUAAACCCAAGGUUUGCUGCUUGUUAUAAUUGUAUUUUCCAUACUAGACUGGAAAUAAAGUCAUGGUGGUUUUGUUUGUAAUGUAAGCCUCUUUUUCUCUUUUUGUUCCCCUUUUCCGGUCCUAUCGGCCAUCCCUCACUGUCUCUGUGCUUUAGGAUCAAUAUCCCUGAGGGAAGGGAGGAAUAGGUGAAGUUCAAGAAAUAGCUGAAGGCGGGUUGCCUGAUGUGGAGGCAAGGACCCAGUGUCGGUCCCGGGGCUGUGCAUGGCGGGGAAGGUGCAUCUCCGCAGCGUCGUGGCAAGUCUUCCAGACCUGUCUGCAGCUCUUCCUGUAACCAAGAGGCCUUUUCCUGUGUUUGAACUCACCACCAAUGGCUGUCCUACCAAAGCUCCUUUGUGCAGGCCGCCUUCUGUUCACCGACAGCUGCUUUGAGCAUCUGUCAGAGCAGCUCAUCUGCCAGGCUGUGCGCCUCUGGUCACAUCGCUCUGAGGCCUCCUGUUUGUCAGCUUCAAAGUGCCUCACAAGUGGUGACUUGCCUCCUUCCGGGUGGAUGUCAAAAGAAGGGGAAGCCUGGACAUACUCAUGACACCGCUGGAAUUAAGUCUGGAAGCUUCUUUCUCAUUUUGCAGAAGAAGCAAUCAGGACCAAAGAAGAGCGGUUGAAAACCACUGCCGGGCCUUGUGGCCAGGUCUUAGGGUGCUUGGAGAGAGCCUGUAAGUAGAAGAAAAGGCCUUUAUGACCACUCUGGAGGAAGACUGUGGAAAAAUGAGCCCUACUGAAUAAUGGAAGUGAGUACUGGAGGAGGAUGCUUGCUCACCUCUGGCCUGACAAGAAACCCACAGGUGCUUUUUAAUACAACUACUGCCAUUCCCCAACUUAAAAAUCCUCAUUUGCUUCUAUCAGAUAUUUGGAGCUCAGAAUACAUUUUCCUGUAGAAACCAUGUGUUCCUUGGUGAUUAAGUCCAGAGGCCAGUUCUUAAGAUUUAGUCCUGUAACUAAAUCAUAACCCUAUCCAUCUACCACAUCUAACAGACUUUCCUUAGAGAAUUUCAGCCCGGGUCCUAACAUGGAAUACCUAGAGUACAUUUUCCCCAAUCCUAUUAGUUCAAACCCUGAGUUCCGCUCUAUCCCUCAGACUCAUCCCUCCUGGGCCAGCUUUGAGAACGCUACCAGCUUUUCAGGAGCAGCAUGGGUGUGUGCUGGAGAAAAGGGAGCUCUGUUGGGAAAAUUGCCAAGGAUGCAGAAGGAAAUGAAGAUGGUCAAAGACGAGGGUGUGCAUUUCAGUUUGGGUGCAAAGAGGGCGCCCUCCUUCCCCCACGGCCUGCAGCCAGUGGUUUCCCGAGGAAGAGCUCCUCCAAGACACCCAUUCCCGGAAGCUCUCCGGGGGCCAUUUUCCCAGUUCCGGUAUGAGCCUCCUCCGGGAGACCUAGACGGAUUCCCGGGGGUCUUUGAAGGAGGAGGGUCUCGCAAACGGAAGAGCAUGCCCACCAAGAUGCCCUAUAACCACCCCUCGGAAGAAGCGGCUCUUGCCCUGCACCCGGAGGAGAGCAAGAACCCCGGGCCCCCGGAACUCCGCCUGCUUUUCCCGCCGCCGCCGCCACCGCCGCCGCCGCCACGGCCCAAGUACGACUCGCGGAUGAUCGACCUGUGCAACGUGGGCUUUCAGUUCUACCGCAGCCUGGAGCACCUGGGGGGCAAGGCCGUCAAGCAGGAGCCCGUGAAGCCCAGCGCCACGUGGGCCGCGCCCCCUCCGUUCCUGCCCACGCCCUACCCCUAUUACCCCAAAGUGCCCCCGGGCCUCCUGUUCCCCUUCUUCGUGCCCUCGGCCUCGCCCUUCCCCUUCAGCCGGCACACCUUCCUGCCCAAGCGGCCCCCGGAGCCGCUGCUGCCCCGCAAAGCCGAGCCGCGGGAGAGCGAGGAGACCAAGCAGAAGGUGGAGAGGGUGGACGUGAACGUGCAGAUCGACGACAGCUACUACGUGGACGUGGGCGGCGCGCAGAAGCGCUGGCAGUGCCCCACCUGCGAGAAGUCCUACACCUCCAAGUACAACCUCGUGACCCACAUCCUGGGCCACAGCGGCAUCAAGCCGCACGCGUGCAGCCGCUGCGGGAAGCUCUUCAAGCAGCUCAGCCACCUGCACACGCACAUGCUGACCCACCAGGGCACGCGGCCCCACAAAUGCCAGGUGUGCCACAAGGCCUUCACCCAGACCAGCCACCUGAAGCGCCACAUGAUGCAGCACAGCGAGGUGAAGCCGCACAACUGCCGCGUGUGCGGCCGGGGCUUCGCCUACCCCAGCGAGCUCAAGGCCCACGAGGCCAAGCACGCCAGUGGGCGGGAGAACAUCUGCGUGGAGUGCGGCCUCGACUUCCCCACCCUGGCCCAGCUGAAGAGGCACCUCACCACGCACCGCGGCCCCAUCCAGUACAGCUGCUCCGAAUGCGACAAGACCUUUCAGUACCCGAGUCAGCUGCAGAACCACAUGAUGAAGCACAAGGACAUCCGGCCCUACAUCUGCUCCGAGUGCGGCAUGGAGUUCGUGCAGCCCCACCACCUCAAGCAGCACUCCCUCACGCACAAGGGCGUGAAGGAGCACAAAUGCGGGAUCUGCGGGCGGGAGUUCACUCUGCUGGCCAACAUGAAGAGACACGUGCUAAUCCACACCAACAUCCGCGCCUACCAGUGUCACCUGUGCUACAAGAGUUUCGUGCAGAAACAGACCCUCAAGGCGCACAUGAUCGUCCACUCGGAUGUGAAGCCCUUCAAAUGCAAGCUGUGUGGGAAGGAAUUCAACCGGAUGCACAACCUAAUGGGCCACAUGCACCUGCACUCUGACAGCAAACCCUUCAAGUGCCUCUACUGCCCCAGCAAGUUCACCCUGAAGGGGAACCUGACACGCCACAUGAAAGUGAAGCAUGGGGUCAUGGAGCGGGGCCUCCACUCUCAAGGUUUUGGAAGGGGGAGAGUUGCCGGGGCGCAGACGGCGGGGGGCCUGAGGAGCCUGCAGCAGGAGGAACCCUUCGACCUGUCCCAGAGGCGUCGGGCCAAGGGGCCAGCCUUCCAGCCGGAUGUGGAGAGCGCCAGGGGCAGCUCCUGCCACGAGGAGGACGACGACGACAACUGCUGCGAGGCGGGGCGGGACAGCCCGGGCCUCAGCCCCCGCAGCCCCCCGCUCUGCGCGCCGCAGGACCUGUCCGCCAAGGCCGACCCGGGCCCCAGGGCGGAGGCGCAGGCGGGGGAGGACGCGCCGCAAGGGGACCUCCAGCCGAAGAGCCGGGCCAGCCCCGGGCCCGAGGGCGUCCGGGAGAGAGAGUUUGCCCGCAGAGACGAGUGUCCCGGCCUCCUCCGGGCCCUGCAGAGCGCUCGGCGGGGCCCCUCCUUUUCUGAUUACUUGUACUUCAAGCACAGAGAUGAGAGUUUAAAAGAAUUACUGGAGAGGAAAAUGGAAAACCAAGCAGUGCUUUUAGGGAUCUAAGUGGACGGUUUAAAAAUUACACUUGGAGAAUGAGCACUAGGCUGUGCAAGUACAGCUUUCCGCAUGAGCUCUCGUUUGCUGGAGGCGGAGAAGGGCACGAAUCUUUACAAAUGGCUCAGACUAAGUGAGCAGGGAUGUCCUCACUCACGUAAAUGCUUCUCAGGUCAUUCACUGGGCCCUUGAUUUUUAACACACAUGCAAGGUCUUCUUCAGUGUUAUUUCGUGGAUCUCCAGUGUAAUAAACUGUACAUAUUCUUCUAGACAUCUAACUGUAAGCUGAUGCCGAGGUGCUUUUAGAAAUUAUAUCUUCCAUUGACUAAUACGGUAAAUUUCUUUCUAGUUGCAAAAAUAUGGUGCUUGACAUGUUACCUUAUUAAUGACUCUUUAGUUGAAUGUGUAAAAGGUAUAAUAUUUUUCCAGAUAGAUGAAAAUAUGAGUAGUUGUAUAUAGUUUAAAAUUUGCUAUAUUAAAUAAUCAAAAAACGCCAGAAAUGACACAGGAGGGUGAGUUAUUGAAGAGGACGUUCUCAAGUAGUUGCUGCAGAUAUAAGAUAACAUUUCAAGAGAAUAAGAAUAAUUUUGACUAAGGAAAAAAAACAGCAAUACUUAGAUUCCUGCCUGGGUCUGCCUCAUUUGGCUUCUGCUAACCUUCAUCAGAUGUGGCAUUUGGAGCAUAUUUUCAGAUAGCCCGCCAGUGCUCAGCGUCUGCAGGCUAACCCCGUGUCCUGAGCAGAGCUCUCUCCUGGAGACCUUGCUCGAGGCUUCGUGCCCCGUAAAGCAGCUGCAGGAAGAGUUGUCACCCCAUGAGCAGUGGAUUCCUCCUCAGUGCUGGAGCUGGGUGGGGGGGAGGAACUCUCCCUGAAAUUUAAGCUCUAACUUAUUUAGAGUAUUAGAAUAACCAUAGGCUAAUCACUAGUAAAGGAUUUUCUGGGCUGUAUUCUCAAUGCUACCUGAACAUUAGAAUCAUCUCAGGGAGCCUUUUAAAACAUACCAACGCUGGGGCCUGACGCCCUGAGGUCCUGAUUUAAUUGGUCUAGGGUGGAGCUCUAGCACUGGUUAUUUUCCAAGUUGCCCCAGAUGACUCUUCUGUGCAGCCAGGGUUGAGAAAGAUUGACUAGGCUGAAAUAGUGGCUCCCAAGACCCCCUCCCAGGCACUCCAUAAAUAUUUCAGCUUCUGGCUUUAGACUCAUUAAGAUAGAAAGCAGGAAACCUUGAAAUCAUACUGCUGACUUAGGCCUUUUUACCUGUUCUGUAAGAGCCUCACGAGAGGAAACACACACACACACACACACACACACACACACACACACACUGUAUAAACACACACUUUUUGUACUAGAAAUGAUGCCUGUGUUGCUUAUGGUCACUUAAUGUUUAAAAAUACAUAGCCAGCCUAUAGUGACUAAUUAUUUCUUCCUAGAUGUGUGAAUCGUGAGUCCGGUGAGUGGCAGUGACUGUCAAGGGUGGGUCGAGCCCCACAGGUAGGCUUCCCUUAGGCACCGGCGUCUGACGAAUAAAGCAGUGCUGACAGGAUGUCACAUAUGUGUGACUGACCAUAAGCAGUGACCCUCUGGUACUGUGUCUGUGUUUAUGUAAAAACUGUCCCUUGGUAGUUUCAACUCGUAUUUGUAGAGCUAGGUACUGUUUAUUAUUUGCUUCUUCUCCUCCCAAAGUUACCAGUACAUUUCUUUAGACGACCUGGCCCAUCUCUGCCUGUGGAAUGCUGGCUUUUUCUCUUGGCCAAGGUGCUUCCCCGUCAGCCUCAUCUAGUUCUUGUCAGUCACACGUGCGCUUUGUCAAUCCCUGAUGCGUUCCUCCCGCUGCCUUGCUUAAGCCUCCUUCGCCCAGCCUCACCACCACUACAACGUGCCAAAGCUGCUUGUGUUGGCUACUGCCAUCUAUGCCCCAAGGUCAGAGCACCUGCAAAGGGGAUGGUGAAGGGAAGAGUGUGGUUUUCUGCGGUUACCAGCACAACUCUGGGCCAAGAAUCCAUCCAGAUCUUCAUAGGGGCAAUUUGCCUUCCAUCCAUUAUUUUUAAUACAGCUCAUCAGUGCCUCUGAUGACAUCACUCAGAGGCUGGCAGAGUGGAGGACCUGCUACAAAGGCUGCAGAUUUCCAGUUUGUUCUGGGUGUGCGGAGCUGGAAUAGGAACUAGAAAAACUAGAAUAGCAAGCUGUAGACUUUUCCACCCAAAACGAAUCACGUGGGAGUGUUUGAGGAACAAGUUAAUGUUGAGAUGGAAAGAGUAUGGUCUAGAAUGCUGGUUUCCACAUUGUGUGCUGAGAAGCAAGAGGUCCCUCUUAGGCCCUUCUAGAGCUGCCAGGGGAGGGAAAAUUCUCAACCCAUAUCCCCACUUCACUCAGAGCGGCUCAAAUUCCAUCUGUUUUAUGUGUUAGGCUUCCAAGUAAAAUUUCAUUUGGAGGAAGAGAAAAGGGUCUAGGAAAAGUCAUAAAAAAUUGUUAUGGAAUGUAUUCUAAAGCCUGUUUUUCAUUCUUGACUCUGGAUAUGAGAGACUUAAUUAGAUAUAACCCACUGGUUCAUAUGCACUGACCUUCUGAGAACCAAGGCUAAAACCUUGGUUUUGUAUGUGACCAACAUCCUGGUUGGCCUGGGACAACCCGGGCUUAUACCUGUUGUCCCCAGGUAGUUACUAAGAGUGUCACCUUAACUCUCAAAAGUGUUCCAGUUUAGGGGCUUCCCUGGUGGCGCAGUGGUUGAGAGUCCGCCUGCCGAUGCAGGGGACACGGGUUCGUGCCCCGGUCCGGGAAGAUCCCACAUGCCGCGGAGUGGCUGGGCCCGUGAGCCAUGGCCGCUGAGCCUGCGCGUCCGGAGCCUGUACUCCGCAACGGGAGAGGCCACAACAGUGAGAGGCCCGCGUACCGCAAAAAAAAAAAAAAAAAAAAAAAAAGGCACCCUAUGCAUUAAGUGCAGAGCUAAGGGGAGGGUUGGCCAACCUUGCCUAGAGCUAAUUAACCAGGAUGCAAGUCUGAAAGAGAAGCCAUGAGGCCAUCCUCAAGAGAAUUAAGGGAGGAAACCAUCCAAGGUCAUCAGCAAUCCCAGGACCAGGAUAGCAUGAAAUCCAUCACAUUGUGACACUCUGAAAAUAGGUCACUACCAAAUGCUUUCCAGGCUUUUGACCACUGUCUUUGAACCAACCAACUGACCCAGCCAACUGGCAUAUUUUUCUUUUAUCCUUCUUAUUCCGGCCUAUGAUUACCCCCUGUUGUUGCCUUUCAACUCAUUCUCUCUUUUUAAAAAUUUGACUCCCCACUGGCCAUGAGACUGAGGCUGACUUUCCAUGACCCCAGAAGGGUAACUGGUAUAUUUGUAUGUGAGUAGUUACAUGAGACAACCCAAUGUGCAUACUGUAUUUAUUAAGCCCUGAGGGCAUUUAAUAAAAUAUUAACAUCGUGUUUUGAAUUACGAUCUUUGUCUGCUUUGCUGGAACAAAAUGUAACAGAGCUAACAUUUAAAAUCCUUCACAUAUUUGGACAACAUUACACCAGAUGUUGAUUUUGUACAGAAUUCUGGCUUGCUAUUUAAAAAUAAAACUCAAAGUGUGUAGCAACCCAAGUUGUGAAUAUUGCUUUCUGCUUCAGUGAAAAAGCAGUUUACCUGAACAUAGCAUGUA